AAUCCGUUUUGCCUGCAUCGAAGGCGGUUUCGUAGCAAGCCCGCUUCCCUCAAGCCGUCUUCGUCUCGCUUGCGCCCCCAAGGCCCCAGCUCGCCCAGGUCUCCUCCCUCCUCGGAAAUCUUCCUUGCUCUAACCCCGCCCAAAACCCUAGAACGCGAGCAUGGUCAAGAAGCCCACCGCGUCCGCGGACCCCGAGGCCGACGAGCGUCGCCAUCUCCGCUCGCUUGCCUUCUCCAAUGGCCUGCUCCAACGCGGCGAGCCGGCAGCUCCGGGGUCGGCGCUCGCGCCGUCGGUCGCCGUAGCGCGACUGCAGGGCCGCGACAUCGUGCGGCGCGGCGGCCAGCGCAAGAGCCGCUUCCUCUUUUCCUUCCCUGGCCUCCUCGCGCCUGUGGCCGCAGGCGGUCGCGUCGGGGAGCUCGCCGAUCUCGGGACCAAGAACCCAGUACUGUAUCUCGAGUUUCCCCCGGGACGGAUGAAGCUCUUCGGGACGCACGUUUACCCCAAGAACAAGUACCUGACGCUGCAGAUGACCAGGUCGGCCAAGGGCGUCGUCUGUGAGGACGUCUUCGAGAGCCUGAUUGUAUUUUCUGAAGUCUGGUGGGUUGGGACAAAAGAAGAAAAUCCAGAAGAACUGAAACUUGAGUUUCCAAAAGAAUUCCAAAAUGACGGCGCAGCAGCAGAUUGUGAUUUUAGAGGUGGAGCAGGUGCCGCCAUUCAUGAAGCAACUGGCAACAAACCUGGAAAGGACAUUGCAGAACCCCUUUCCUCAAAGUUUGAAUCAGAUGGUGAUGCUUCUGAGGAUUCAGAUCAUAAGGAUGAGGGUAACACACAGACAAUGAGUGAAGCACCUUCAGUUAGACAGUCUGCUAGGACUGCUGGGAAAGCCAUGAAGUACACGGAGUUAUCUUCUGGAGGAGAUUCAUCCGGCAGUGACGAUGAGAUUGAGGUACCUGCGGACUUGGACGAGAAGCAGAUGAUGAAUCCACCAGUUAAGAAUGAAAGCCAAAGCGAAGACAUCAAACUUGCAGAUUCUUCAGCAAGGUCUCUCUCUAGCAAGAAGGAGACACCUGUCCAGGUUACCUUGUCUAGCAUGUUUAAAAAGGCCGAAGAGAAAAAGAGGUCUACAAGAAAUCUGAAAGGAUCUCCUGCAACAAAAGGUCCUGCUGCUAAGAAGCAGCGAGCAAGUCCAAAGGAAAAACAGCCAUCAGGGAAGAAUGUGAGCGGAACCCGGAAAAAGCAAAAACCAAAGGUAGAAGAAGAUGAAAUUGAAGAGCUCUCAAGUUCGUCUCAGGAUAACGCUGUGGAUGAUGAUAGUGACGAGGACUGGGCCGAGUAAUGCGCUUGUACAUCGGGACCAUAUGUUGUAGACGCAUUCGCGCGGAGAAUGUACAGGCGCAGGAGAGAUGGCAAGUAGGCGUUCACAGGGCCACGACGCAGGAAUAAGCACGGCUUAUUCCCGUAAACAUGUGUUGAUCAGGUUGUUAGUCAGGUUGUUAGCAAGAUUGAGUUUGUUGGCAGAUUAGUUAGCAAAUUGAUUAGUUAAUGUAUUAUGCCCCAACUAUAUAAUGUCAUGACUCUCGAUCAAUAAAGGGAGGAAGGAUUAAACCCAAAGUUGCUCAGAGCCUCUUGGAGGGCGAGCUAGUUUA